AUGAAAAGGGAAAGCGAAGACAAUGGAAUACAUAAGCUUCCCUCUCGACGCUUCGCCAAAUUACUAGAAAUUGUUUUUUGCAGGUUGAAUUCAUUUUUACCUCUAACUUAUAAGUUUACCGACUUCUGCGGCUCCGGUGCUUUGAUGCUGAGCUCUAACAAUAUUAGCGACCUUGUAACCGGUGUCUCCGCCAACACUUCUUGCAGUGGCACUGAUGUAACUGCGACUGUCGGGUUUCCACGCGGCCAGGCUAGCAUCCAGGACUGGGCGCCCUACGUCUACGUUCCCGGUACAGACAAGACCUACACUACGAACAUUUCAACCAACAACCCGAUAUAUACCUGCGGUCACACUGGUACCCCUGGCGUCGCCGCCAAGUGCUUCAACGAGUAUGGCACGUUCGGAGCCACAAAUGUCUAA